GUUUACGGUCAAUUUUACUAUAAAGAUUUCCAGUAUUGGUUCAUUUGGGAGUUGUCUUUCGCACAAAUACAGCGUCCAACUUUCAUCACUGGUCAUUACUUGUUGUGGCAAUAUUUGUAGCAAUUCUACUUGUAUCAGCUAUUAUUACAUUUAUUUUUCAAUGCUUUAAUCUUUUGAGAAGGAUAAAGGGAAGACGUAGUUGUCCUGUUUGCGAAGAAGGUGGUAAAGAUAUGACUAGAAUAUAUUUGGACGGUCACUGGCACUCCAUUGACAAGAUUAUCAGUGAAAAGUUCAAGAUUGAUGACGAUAGAAAGAAUCAAAUAUCUGAGCUGGUAAAAAAUGAGGUCAAGAAGGAAACACCAACAUCUAAAAGAGUCGAAUGGAAUAUAGAAUCUAAAAAGCCAGAACAAAAACUCGACAAGUCUAUAGAAAAAAAUUUUCUAAGAGUAAAGGAUGAGAGUAAAGAACUUGAAGAGGUUUCGAUCGUUAAAAAGAAAGUAGGCGAUACAUUAUCCGACGAAGAAAAGAUUGGAAAGUCGACUGGAAACAACAGGAAUAUGGCGCCCAAUAAUUCAAUAAAGUACGAUGUGAAAAGGGAGAAUGGGAACAGAGUAAAAGUGUCUAUGGACGCGUUAAUUUCAAAAUCGAGUGGUAAAGAGCUCAGUCAGUCAGGAAAACGCAGUCUUCCAUUUGCGAAUGAUGACGAAAAUCAAACGCAACGAAAAUCCGUUGGCUUAAAUACAUCAAAAAUCUAUGACGGCCCCCUUUUAAAGACAGAUCCAAAUUAUAUAAAGAACAACACAUUAGCCAGUUUUGAUGAUGAAAAUCAAUUAGUUAAUAAAGAUAACCAAAAUAUUAAAAAUAAAGAAAUCAAUGGGAAAAUAACUGAAAAUCAAUCGUCUAUUGUUGAUCCCAGACGUAAAUUGAAAAAAUUGAAAUCCAUUACUUUUAAUGAAGUUAAUAAAAAAGACGUUAAUUUUGAUGAUAAUAAUCUCGAAGAGAAAAAUGCACAGGAUGUCUUAGAACAUAGACUUUCUUCAAUAAUCAAAGCUAAUGAAAAUAGUCCACAAAAAAUUGAAAAGGAUAAAAAAUUAGCAUCUAAGAUGACAUUAACUUCCCAACCUUAUUCCGGUCGUUUCUUGAAAGCUGACCCUAGGUUUAAAGAGAAGGAAAGUAACAUGAAAAAUCAAUUGCAUUUUGCAGGAAAAAAUAUGGACACGAACGUAACAAGCAAUCAAAACUAAGGUUACAAGAGUAAUCCCAGCUCUUUGUUAGUCUGCUUUUGCCUGUUUUCUAUUUUUAUUAUAUAAUAUAUUCUACAAUUGAAAAUUGUUGUUUAAACUAUAAGAAUUAUUGAAAAGUGUGCUUUUUAUAAUGG